ACAAGUCAGUCCGGCGUGAAUCGUCGUUGUGACGCGACGUUCUUUGUUGACGUCUGUAGUGCGUCACAGUAAUUUUCAACAUUAAUCAAUAAUAAUGCCGUCUUGUGUCUUUUUAGGUUGUAAAAACUGUUCACAAAAACUAAACAAACGUGACGGAGUAUCUUUUCAUAAAUUCCCAAUUGAUCCUGUUAUACGCAAUUAUUGGGUGUCUAUUGUACGUCAGAACAGAGAGGAUGAGAAGUGGCGUCCGUCUAAGUUUUGUGUUGUCUGUUCAUCGCAUUUCAAGAAAAAGGAUUAUUACUUUACCGAAAACGGUCGUCGGUUGAUUAAAAAGAAAUCAGUACCAAAUUUAGACGAACCAUCUUCACGCUCGUCACGAUCAUCAUCGCCAGAAUCAUCAAGGUUACCUCAAAUGUCUGAGGUUUCAAAGAGUUUUAAAGGUAAAGUUGAAACGCUGAUAUCAGAAAUUGCAGCUGACCAUUCUAAUUCAUCUGAGGCUUCUCCUCCUGAAUUACCUGGGCCAUCUCAUGAAAAUCAAGGUACUGUUACUGAAAUUGAAAUUACCUUAACUCCGUUACAAUUUGGGCAAAUGCCAGAGCAAUCACCUGAAAUAAAGCAACUCCCAAGAGUGGAAGACCCGCAUAUAUAUGCUGUAUACAAUACUUUUUCAAAAGGGAGAUUAAUAGAGGAGUUGAAGAAAUAUCAUUUGCAAAAAAUACAAACUAAAACCAAGUUAAAUACUUUACACCAAAAAAUUCGACGCUUGCAAAAAAGGAAUCUCGCAUUAAACAAUAUUUUGAUGGAUUUAAAAGGAAAAAAAUACAUAAACUGUGAUACAGAUAUAGAAUAAUAAGAAUAGAUACAGAAUAGUAGUUACGUGAGAUUAUAGCAAUCGAAGAUUUGUUUAACUUAAACAUACGCAAAUCUGACAUAUACAAAAUAUAAAAAUUUAAUUAUUAGUUUUAUUUUUACCUUUCGAUAUGAGAACGUCAGGGAAAACACCCUGCCUAUAACUAUAAUUGCCUGCUUCAUCCAAAAUCUUUUGCAAAAUGCAUCCGUGUUAAAAGUGGAUUUGUUCAACAUGCCUUUUUAUGUAACUUUGUUAGCAUUAGGCAUAAAAACAGUUGUGGAAAUUGAACUAAGGGCUGUGGAUUAGGAAAGCAGAGUCACCACUGCGCCUCUGGGCCGCCUGGAAAAUAUUUAUUAAAAAAAUAUAGGGAAAAUGGGGAUUAAAGUCUCAAUUCGGGGGGGCGAUUCCGCUAUUUUACUCGUCGACGAACUUUGCGCUAAAACACGUUUUAGGCGAAUUUGAACUUCAUGUUUUAGGACGGCGUAUUAAAUGUCACUAAUAAAUAUUAAACUAAAGUUCAAAUUGUAAUAAAUGUGAUAUAGGCGAUAAGAUCAUCGACGAGUGUUCAAUACCGGAAUCGCACCCCAGUUAAUCUGAGCACCCCAGAUUACAAAAUCAUACAACUUAACCGCUGUCAGCUUGCGAUACGGAAGCAUUAUUAUGUUCGUAACAUGAGACCGAUGAUCAUCUUGAUGUGUGAGACCACCCGACUUAAUGCGUUCCACUUCAAAUGUAAUAUUAUUGUAAAACAAAUAAAUAAACAGCUGUUCUAAUA